UAUAUUUUUUAAAUAUAUAUUAUACAUAUUGAAUAUAUAACAAUAUUUUAUAUUUAAGAGGUUGGAGCCUCUUACCCUUUGAACAUCAUGUCAGUGAGGCCCUCCCUUGACCACCUCCCAUAAAAUUCCACCCACUGCUCCAUCUCCCUUAGUGCUUUAUUUUUCUCCCUGGUAUUUAUCACCAUCGGACUUACUCUUGAUUUAUUUGUUUGUCACCUGUCAUCCAUCCCCCACUAACAUGUAUGUAGCCUCCAUGAGGUCAGGCACCUCAUUUACUGCUCUGUCUUCAGGACUAUAAUAGUGCCUGACACAUAGGAGGUACUUGAUAUUCAUUGAAGGGAUGUGCUGCUGUGGCCAGGGUGAGGUACUGCGGUUGACAGCCCCAACCUGCUCUAGAAGAAUCAGUGGUGAGAGGGGAGGAUGGAGCAGGUUCUCAGAGAAAGUGGAGAUCACCGGGCAUAGACGGGGCUGCUGGGAGAAUCAGCGAGAGCUGGGACCCACCCAGUCCUGUGUGUGCGUGUGUCCUGAAACUUUCCACCUACAUAAUUCCUUUAGUCCUCAUAACACCCCACAGAGGUAGACAUUCCCAUUUUACAGUAGAGGAAACUAAGGCACAGAGAGGUUAGGUAGCAUAUGAGGAUCCCAGGAGGAUAAAGGAAAGGGGCCAGGGCUGAGUCCUGUCUUUAGCUCCUAUCCCCACCUUACAGUGCUCACUAACACCGAGGGCCUCGGCAACCCCUGGCCCUGCUUUUCUCCCACAAUUCCCAGAAUCCCCCAUGCUUCCAACAAGGGAGAGAAGCCCGCCCCAGCCUCUCCUCCCUGCUCCAUUGGAUCCCAGGGCAGGCUCUGCAGGGCAGUCCUCGGCUGGCUGCCAGGAAGGGUUAACAAGGAGUGUUUGUAGCAGCCGCUGUCUCCAAGGAGAGGAGGGGAAAGCAGAGUGGAGAGGCGGACAGCCGGACAGCCGGGCUCCGCCAGCCGCUGGGGGGGUGGGAGGCAGCCCGUGGACCUGUCUAGUCUUGGGGGGAGAGAGCAGUGUCCUCACCUCCACCUGUCCCGGGAGGUGGCAAACUCUGAGAGAACUGGGCAGCCCAAGAGUGAGAUCACGGCAGGGCCACCAAGUAGGGAAAGUUCCGGCAGGGACUGAGGAAUGUGGGGGGGCGGAGGACCAGGCUGAAGCCAGCAGCAAGUAGCAGAGCCGGAAGUUCUGGGCUCUUGGAGGGUAGACGGGGAACCCCUGAGUCAGGGUCAGCCAGGACCCAGCAGGUAGUAGUGAAGACACAACAGCGGCAGAGAGGAGGCACCCACCUCCUCCCUGUUGAGGGUCCAACCAUGUCCAAGCCUAGGGGACGUGGCAGGAGGCCUGGGACUAUUGGGCCACCAGUGCGUAGCAUCCGGCCCUUUAAGUCCAGCGAGCAGUACCUGGAAGCCAUGAAGGAGGACCUGGCCGAGUGGCUUCGGGAUCUCUAUGGGCUGGACAUCGACGCGGCCAACUUCCUGCAGGUCCUGGAGACAGGCCUGGUGCUGUGCCGGCACGCCAACGCCAUCACGGAGGCUGCCCUGGCCUUCCUGGCUGAGGCACCUGCUCGAGCCCAAAGGAUGCCCCUGCCUCGGUCUGGGGUUUCCUGCAACGGGGCUGCCCAGCCGGGCACCUUCCAGGCCCGGGACAAUGUCUCCAACUUCAUCCAUUGGUGUCGAAAGGAGAUGGGCAUCCAAGAGGUGGUGAUGUUCGAGACCGAGGACCUGGUGCUACGCAAGAACGUGAAGAACGUGGUGCUGUGCUUGCUGGAGCUGGGCCGCCGAGCCUGGCGCUUCGGUGUGGCGGCGCCGACCCUGGUGCGGCUGGAGGAGGAGAUCGACGAGGAGCUGCGGCAGGAGCUGGCCCUGCCCCCGCCGGACCCCCCGCCGCCCGAGCCCCCUGCGCGUCGGCCCUGCCACUUCCGCAACCUGGACCAGAUGGUACAGAGCCUCGUCAGCCACUGCACGUGCCCAGUUCAGUUCUCCAUGGUCAAGGUGUCUGAGGGGAAGUACCGCGUGGGGGACUCCAACACUCUCAUCUUCAUCCGGAUCCUCCGGAACCAUGUGAUGGUGCGUGUGGGGGGCGGCUGGGACACACUCAGCCAUUAUCUGGACAAACAUGACCCCUGCCGGUGCACGUCCCUCUCACACAAGACGGGCAGUUUCCAGAAGCCCCCUGUCCCACCGGUGCAGCAUGAAGUGAGGGUGCAGGAUGGGCCCUUGCUGCCUCAACCUACGAUGACUAUCAGCCGUUCCCAGAGCCCGCUGCCCCCCGUGGACUGGAAGACAUACACCUCUUCAGGCCGAAAGCUGAGGGCCCUCACCUCCUCCUCCCCUAGAGCCCACAGCAAAAGAGGAGCAGAAGCGGGACUCCUCAGAGAGACAGCAUCAUUCCUGAGGUGCCAGGAGAGGUCACCUACCCCAUCUCGGAGGCAGCUGCCAGCUCGGGACAGCCCACCUGGCCCCCAAUCCUCAUCCCCCCAUAGGAGCCAAGACCCACAGGGCACCUCCUCAGGGAAAAAGGAGGAGAGAUACUCCCCUGAACACCCCAGAGGAAGGACUCCCACACCUUGGGUUCAUGACGGGAUAGACAGCCAGGGAACUCAUGCCAGAGCCCCCACCUCCCAGAGAUUCCGAGCCCCUGAAGCCACAGCCAAAAGGACACCAGUGAGAGGACCAUCUCCACUGCCUCGUUCCUCCAGCCCAGCCAAGCCCAUGAGCCUCAAGCCACCACCCAGGGGUGAGGCUGAGGGUGCUUCUGCCCAGCUCAGGGAGCCAGCAGCUGUCCGCUCUCCAACCCCUGUUAAAGGGCCCACCAAGAUCCCUGUCCGAUUGCCCCCUGCCCGCCCCCCAACUCCAGGAAGUAGCUUCCCAGGUCCUGCAAGUGUAGGUACCAUGACAGAAUUGGGGAGCGGAUCCAUCCCAGUAAGGGCUGUCACUGGGGACCCGGCUGGGUGGAGACAUGAGGACUCCUUUGUGGAUGCGAAGCAAGGGGACCAGAAGCUGGACAUCCAGGUGACAGCAAAGGCUGGGGAGCCUCGGGGCUUGGGCCCACACGAGUGGGAGGGGCGAUAUCCUCCCCUGCUCCUGGGUGGGACCAAGGAUCAGGCCAUGUACCACACGCUCGAGGAAGAGCUUUUGACCAACAUGAAGCUGCUAGAGGUGGGAGUUGCCUGCCCCCAGGGCACAGGGUCUGGGGUCAUCCCUCGAAGUGGAGUCUAUGUCCCCAGCCUAUGUGGGCGAUGGCCUGAGCCUGGGGGUCCUUAUGACAAAGUCAUCCAAGAACUGGCUCAGGGUCCCCCAGCCCUCCUUAAAGUGGACCUGGGAGCCUGGAAGGCAGCCCCUACAGGUUCCCCUAAACUAGCUGCUACCACAGGCCCAGGAAGCCCUAAAGGGAAACUGGGAGCCCUUAAGAGUGAGCCAAAGGUAAAGGCAAGCCUGAGUGCCAAGGUCACCAGAGUGAAGAAGGUCCCAGCUCAAGGAGGGCAGGACUGCUCAGCUCCUACUGUGUCUGCCAGCCUGGAAGCCCCCUCACCUUCACCCUCGGACCCCAAUUCUGACAAAACCAAGGUAUGUCUGGGCAAGGCCAAGAGAACACUCCGAAAGCCCCAGAGAGUUCCAUCCAUCUACAAGCUGAAGCUGAGGCCCAGGAUCCGGCCCCGGAGAGACCACAGGCCCGAGAAGCAGCCUUCACGCAUCCCGAAGCCACUGGCCUACCUCCACCUGGGUUCAGCCAGGGCACUCCCCAGAGGCAGGCUGGUGAGAGCAGUGCUGGACAGCAAGGGAGUGGAGUCCCACCCAGUGGAUGGCGCCUCAGCAGGGGAGGAGGAAGAAGGAAAGAAGUGGAAAGAACCAGCUGCUCCACUGAAGAGCAGCCUCCAGGCUUUGGAGGGUGGGGGUCUCCAGCAGAUUGAUCAAGACCCACUCCAACCUGAGGAGGAGUCCUGGGUCUGAGGAGGGGCCUUCUCAGACCUGAAGCUGUGGUUCUGGGGAAGAAGGGAAGUGAAAAGGAUGCCAUGUAGCUGCUGGACCCCAGUUUUGAACAGAAAGGUCCCUCACCUCUAUCCAGGGUCUUUGUCGUGGUGGGGCGGGGGGGGGGGGGGGUGAGGAUAUGGGUGGGGUCAGAAGACAAAUAUAGACUCAGUCUGCUUGCUGACCAAAGGGACCACUCCAACUCCAGGGGCACUGGGGCCACCCAAUGUCUUCUUGCCUUCCCCCAGAACAGCUCCCCAAACUCCUGGCCUCUGGCCAUGCCUACCAUUUCCACAACUCUUAUAAGUUAUUAAACACUUGUGGGUCUGUU